GUUUUCAGAACAUGCAUGAGCGGAGGGUGAUUUCGUCUCUACGGCAUGUUGGUAAGCUGAAUUCUGUUGUAAAGCGCACUUUGUUUUUGUCGCGUACCAGAAAAAAUGUUGGGUCCGGAGGCGCAGUGGAGCCGGAAUCAUCUCAUAGAUCCCUGAAAGCAGUCGCACUCUUAGGCGGUGCUGUAGUUGUUGGAGGUGCAACUGCCUACUACUUCUUUCCGGGAACCUUGAAUGAAGUUGCGAAGCGGUUUAAGAGUGCCGAAGAGCUGAAUGUUGGCGAAAAGUUGCCGAGAAAUACAGGUAUUGAUGUUUUGAAGAACGAAUCCUCAAUUGAGAGAAAGUUUGAAGGAAAAAAGUAUAAAGAAGAAAAGAGGAGCAAGAACAAAGUAGAAACAGAUAUUUCAAAGAAAUUAGAAAAAUUAGAAAAGCGGUUGAGUAAGUUUACUCGAGACGAGAAAAGGUUGUCCCAAUCUUUAAUGGAGCUGAGACAGAAAAUUACUCCUGCAGCUGAUUUCUCACACGAGGAAUUUGUCUACCUUUCCGAAGAAAUUGCUCAGCGAUCUAAUGAGUUGCAAGCGUGUGUACAGGCUGGUGAAAAGUGUCAAUCGAGACUGAACAAAUUGAAAAGGAAUUGUGAAGUAGGGCAAAUAGAUUUGGUUUUGGAUUACCAGAGGAAAUUGGAUGACAGGGGCAAGUCUCUGGCUGGUACAUGUUCUAUUAUCACUUUCUCCGAAUCAGAGUUGAAUAAUGCUGUCGGGCGACUGCAUGAGUUGAAGCAGGAUCAAUCCUUGUGGGCGAGCGAUAAGGUAAACUUAGAUGAAAUAUCCUCUCAAGAGCUGUCCAAUGCGUACAGUGAAGCUCAGACAAAAUUGAAAACAAUGCGCUGUCUUCUGAUUAGUCAAUUUUUAAAUCAAGAGAAACAUAAAACUGGAACUGGACUGUCAGGGGGCGUCACUAGUUCAACGGCCAUGAACGAAGACUUUGAUAGCGAAGUGGAGCGCAGAGUAAUUGAGGAGAGGAAGUUAGUGGAGGCUGCCAUGGACAGUGAAAAAGAGCUCAUCCGAGCUCAUUAUGAGGCGAAAAGGGCAGAGGAGCUGGAGGAAUUGAGGAAGCAACACGCACAGACACUUUCACUGUUCUCCGCCAAGAUCCGGGGAAUAGAAACAGCCGUAGAAAGCAAGGCUGACUCACAGAGGAAGGCAUUGUACUCUCACUACAUGUGGCUCGCGUCCGAGGCAUUCAAAAAUCAACUGUACCGCGAAGUCAAUGUCGCAUCUGAAGAUGCAAAUGAACUAGAUGCUGAGCUGCUGCCUCUGCAUCAGUUUCUAAGGAGAAUCGAAAUAAUAAACCACUCUGAAAAUGAACCUCUUGUAUCCACAGUUUUGAGUUCAUUGUCCCCAACCGCUCGCUCGAGAGGAGUGUACACUGAAGAUAUGCUAAAGUGUAGAUUCCAGAAGGUAUUCAAAACCUCAUUCAGACUGGGAAAAGUUGACAGCUGUGAAGGAAGAGAUUCGCUCUACAGUCAUGUGUUGUCCUUGCUGAGAUCAAUGUUUUCCUUCAACAGUGUGGGUUCAACGGUGGUUCCUACAGAUUUGGAUGUUCACUCGUGCGACAACUACAAAUUGUUGGGAUAUGCAAAGGUGGCCUUGGAUAGAGGCGACGUGUCUCUUAGUGUUAAACUGUUAAAUAAUUUAAAAGGGAAGCCAGCAGAGGUGGUGCAGGACUGGGUGAGGGAAGCACGUCUGUUUCUGGAGGCCAAACAGGCUGCCAGGGUGCUCUCACUGUUCUCAACUGCCACAGGAUUUGCCACCCAACCACUUUCGUGAUUGUCUUGAACUGAAAUGUCACUGAACUAUAUUAUAGUGCUUUUUAAAUUGAAAGAAAUCGAAUUGCACUUGCGUGAGAAUAAAGUUUAGAAUUUAAUAUCUUCAAAUACGCUAUGAU